AAUGCUCAGUUCCCCCCACCAAGCACGACAGGUGGUUUUAUUCUUGCUGUGGCCAGAAAGUACCAGCCGCAGCAUCAACAACGGGAGCAGCUGAGGGGUAAUCAGGGGCAGACUGACAACUCAUGGGGCCUCUGGGCAAUAGGGGAUCAUGGGGCCUUGCCCAAACUGUCAAAAAAACCUUUGAAAAAGGUACCAGGGGCAUCUCAUGGGGCCCCCUACUGACCCCAGGCCCUCGGGCAGUGCCCGAGUUUCCAAAUGGUCAGUCCACCCCGUGGGUAAUACAAA